AUGGACGCGCCCCCUACCCGCUCGCACAACAGAGGGCGCGGAGAUGCUCAUCGCUCGCAGUCGCGAAACAAACAAUGGACAGCGGGAAAUCCCAACGGUGCACCUCCGAAUCAACGUGGCGAUGGGGAGAGGUGGGAGCGCGGGGGCGGACAUAGAGGGAGAGGGAGAGGGACGGGUGGAAGAGGAGCAGGAGGCUCAGCGGGAGGCGGUAGAAAGUUCCCGAACCGCACGUUGAAUGUCGCGAAACCCACCGCGACCACCGCUAGUGGCAACGACGAAUUGCCCUUUUUCGGAAAUGUUGACAUCGACGAACCGGUGCUGGAGACGCAGGAAGAAAGAGAAAAGUUCUACCAGGAUUUGGUCAAAGCUCGAGAAGUGGAACGCAAAAAAGCAAUUGCAGAAGGGAAGAUGGACGACCCCCUCGUACCCAAACGGCUGGAAGAUGCCAUCAGCAUGGUAGGGACUUGCAUGGACAUGUGCCCUCGGUUCGAGCGGUAUCGACGCGAGCGGGAGAACAACCUCACGGAAUGGGAGACAAUCCCGGGAACAAAACGUGUGGACCACAAACGAGCAGUUAAAAUGUACGAACGCGCCGCAGGCGACAAGACAUUGCCUUCCGAUCUCCGUCCACCUAUAAUACUCAAGAGAACUCUCGACUACCUCUUCCGCCAACUCCUUCCUACUGGAGGCUUCCACCGUACUUUCAGCUUCAUUCGCGAUCGCUCCCGUGCCGUGCGCAAUGAUUUCACUAUGCAACACGAGACUGGCCCACUGGCAAUGGAGUGCCAUGAGAGAUGUGCAAGAUUUCAUAUCCUGGCUUUGCACUUCGAAAGAGACGAAACGGAUUUUUCCAUUCCGAUGGAGGAGCAGCAGUUGAUGUACGCCCUACAAAGUUUGAAAGAAUUCUACGCCGAUCAGAGGGACAACUAUCAGUCCCCUCACGAGCUCGAGAUGCGUGUAUACCACCGAUUAAUUCACAUCAGGGAUCAACGCGAACGGCACGAUGAUAUACCGCCACACAUUACCGAACAUCCGGUCUUCAAGCUGACGACGGACUUUCGACUCCACGUCCAGAAGCGCAGUGCGCCGAUCACCAAGACAUCGAAGUUGGCUGUAGAUGCGGAAGGAAUGGCGAUAUUCGGAGAGUUGGCAAGGGUGCUCAGGGAGGGUGCUGGAGGUGGCAAUGUGGUCAUGGUAUACCUUGUGGCGUGUAUACUGGAGAGGUUGUUUGGGAAGGAGGCGAUCGACGGGAUUGAGGAUAUUAGAGGGAAUCUGGAAAUUUGGCAGAUUAUUGAUGGCGAGGUGGGUGACGGGCGUGGGGGUGGAGAAGAGUCAAUGGGACAUGAGGACGGUGAUGGCGGGAUGGGACACUAUGACGGGUUAGAAGAUGAAAGAAUGGACGACGACGGGAUGGACGACGACGCGGACGCGGGAGAUGAGCAUCAGGAAGGGGCGGGGAUGCAUGCCCCAAGUCCACUGAGACCCGGACCGACCGAAUGGUUGAAUAAUACGUUUGGAGGACCUCCUCUUCCUUCAGCUUUUCCCGCAACUACUGCUUCGUCCUCGACAACUGCUUUUCCGUCUACCCAACCAACGCAGAUAAAUCAAGGGCCACCGCCGACGUCGUCCUCUCCGGGACCAACAGCACCUUUGUCUGCUUUUGCGGGCCUCACAAGUGCUCCCAACCCGUUUGGCACUCCUUCGGUGUUUGGGAGUAGUUUCGGCUCUUCCACACAGAAGGCAACUCCUCCAAAAUCAGUGUUUGGGACUACUUUUCCGGUUGGUUUUGCACCUGCGUCGUCAUCGGACGUAGGAAAUGGCCAGGUGCAGGUUGGACUAGGGAAUGUAGUGAGCACCACGAAUUCAAGUCCGUUUGGCACCUUUGGUCAACCGCCAGCACCAGCUCAAUCACAACCCUUUGGUUCGGCACGGACGCCGGCACCCCUACAAGGAGCUUCUGCUAGCACGCAGGCUUCGCCUUCUGCGCUCAAUGUUGCAGCUCCAGCGUUCAUUCCGUCGCAUCCGCCGUCACUCACUUCUGCUUCAACCCCAGAGGUCGGCGAGACAAUGGCUGGUACACCUUUCAAGGCCCAGGCGAAACAGCAUCCGACGCCUGUUACGUUUCCCGCGUUAGCCACGUCCGUGAAUGUGCUCUCUCCGUUGCCGUCGUGGACCUCUCCUACACCACCAACGUCUGUUCCAGCUGCGGCUACGGCGCCAACAGUUUCCCCUUCUUUACCGACCCCAAUAACACCCACACUCCCGAAGCUUAAUACCACUCUUACCACUAGCGUCAGCUCAGAGCUCUCGCCGCGUAUUCCCCCUCCCAUGGACCGAAAACAACCUAUAUCCCUGCCUGCCACUCCCACUACCACGGCAGCAACCCCCUCCGCGAUUUGGUCGCAUUUAGGGUUUCUUAGAAGUGGUGGUUUGACCCCAACUUCGAGCUUGGGGUUCAUAGGUGAAGGGCCUUUGAGUCCUUUGCUGCCUCAAUCACCGACAGUGUCGAGACAAGCGACGAUGCAAGACAUUGGAUCGACCCCCCAAGGUGCCUCGUCAUCAUCAUCCUCUUUAGGGUCCCUGAGGAAACUGGUAGGGAUGCCGUCGGUUCCGUCAGUAGCUCCAGGUACUCCGCCUCAGCUUCUGGACACUGUGAAACCUCUUUCCUCCAAAGGAAAGGAAAAGGCCAGGGUGGGCGCAAGGACACACUCCUUUGACGAAGAAACAGCUGUAGGGUUGGCUGAUGGCUUUGCGAAAAGAGAAGUUGUAAAGCAAUCUCUGAGGCGAUGGGUUAGGCGGACAGCUGACCGAGCAGCGUGGAGAGACGCGUGUAGUAAGAGCGAGGCGUACAGGGAGAAGGUGGAAAACAAGAGGAAGAAAAAAGAAAGAGAGGCGGCGAGGAAUGGGUCUCCCUCAGAGAAGAGACGGCGGAGGAGCUCCGACAUAUCUGAUACGUCAACACGAGUGUCAUCCCCCGCUAAGAAGCGGGUAAAACGACGCGUUUCAGACAAGUACCAACCUCCACGCACUGACGCAGACCUUGCGCAAAGAUUGAAAGAAAACCAGGAAGAACACGAACGACGUUGGACCAGAGGGUCAUUCCUCGACGUAAUAUCCAACCAAGUCCGGCGGAAGGCGCAUGCGUGCGGGUUACACAAACCCCUACCAAGUUGGCGUACAUGGAUUUCGCUAAACCCCGAGAGCGAUGCUACCGCCAUUUGGUUGGAGCGGAAGUUUGACAUCCCCAACUCAGGGAAGUGGGUUUCGGAGGUGAUCUUUGAGAUCCCUUUAUCCGCCCAGGGAGACGCAGCCGAAAGAGAGGGUUUUCCGGGAUUGAUUAUCUUCGAACGCACGCCCUUGGACGAUAUCACAGACGACAUUGAACGGAAGUAUCGAAUAUUAGACGAUUGCUCACGACUAAGAGAUAUCAUCAAGAGUUUACCUCAAGAACACCAUUUCGUUCCGUCACUACUUGUGUUGUCGUGGCUCGAAGCGGGUCGGCCAGACACUGCAGCUUCGGAACCCGUUUCCGAUUUAGAUACCAUGAUCAAAGAAUACAUUAACGCAUCAGUACUGAAAAGCUUUUCAGCCUUUCCAUUUUCUUUUACUUCCGAUACCCGAGACGACGUGGAUGCCAAAUUCGGCGCAUGUGUCCAGGAGGUGAUCGAAGGGUGUGACGUGGUAGGAGAGAAAGUACAGAGACUGAGUGUACGAGGUAUUUUCCAACAGUUCCAGCCCGCGCUGAGUAGAUUCGUGGUAAACGGUCUCGAAAAGUGCUGGAUAGAUGGCGAAUUCGACUGGAUAUCAUAUAAACAACUUCUCUCGGUUUUCAUCUCGCUCCUCAACGACCUUAUACAACUGGUUGGGAGAUUGACUGGUACUGGGGUCGACAAAACGAUUAAGCUGCUCCCUCCUUACGAAGCAUCCACCCCCACGACAACGUCAACGUCAAUACCAAUGUCAGCAAAUAAGCAGGAGGACAGCAAGUCCCUGUACGUAUCUACAAUAUCAUGGCUGGAAGGCGCGACCAUCGGGUCCACCCCAACGGAGAAAGGAGAAACUGACAACAUUGUCUCCGAUCUUGCGUCCCACAGGAGUAUGGGAAGAGACUUUCCAAGCACGGCCUUCCUAGAGCAUCUAGCCGAGCUCGCGCGGUACCGACUCGAGCGAGGAAUACUUGCUCCAUCUACCACUUCCUCGUCUACUGUGUCUUCAUCCACAGGCGGAGAAGAGCCUGUUUUUUAUGUCCCUAAAUCAGAGCUCCUUGCCCUGAAAGACGACUUUGAUCUGGUUGCCGAGCGGAAGGGAGGAGAAGCGAGGAGAAGGGUGGAAAGCACCAGAAGGGAGCGGAGACGUCAAGAAGACAACAAUAUCAGUGAUGGUCCGAGCAAUGGGAUGAAGGACGCAAACCGGUCUGCGGAACACACGUCUUCCAAGGUCAAAUACAAUGGGAACACGACGCAUUUCGCACCGAGUGUCCGCAAGGAAGCACCUAGCCAGGUAGCGGACAUGGCGGACAGCAGGCCGGACAGUACGGAAAAGGUUGUGACAUUGGAUAUGUUGAAAGCCCUUACAAGGGACAUUAAGAUGCGGUAUGGAGCUGGGGGGUUGUGA